GUUCAAGUUGAAGAACUACCAGUGUUCUUUGGCCUUCAUAUUUGCCAUUGAGGAGAUCAACAGGAACCCUCAUCUUUUACCCAACACAUCUCUAGGAUUUGAUCUCUAUUAUGUUGAUCACUAUGAAUGGGAUUUUCUCAGGGAAGCUUUUCAUUGGCUCACAGGAAUGGGAAUCAAAAUUCCCAAUUACACAUGUAGAAGGGAGAACAAAGCUGCUGCUCUACUUACGGGAACAUCACAAGAAACAACUAGCCAUAUUGGGAGACUGCUAAAUCUCUACAGAUAUCCACAGCUUAGUUUUGGGCCAUUUGACACUAUCCUGAGUGAUGGAGGCCAGCUUUCUUCUCUCUACCAGACAGCUUCAAAGGACACAUCUCUGACAUUUGGCAUUGUCUCUUUGAUGCUUCAUUUCAGCUGGACCUGGGUGGGGUUGUUCCUCAUGGAUAACCAUAAAGGACUUCAGAUUCUAUCAGAUUUUAUGAAAGAGUUUCAAAGGAAUAACAUGUGUGUAGCUUUUGUGAAAAUGAUGUCAAAAAGUUUGAUUGACUUUCAAUAUGCAUACAAAGAAACUUCUCACUUGCUCUUAAUAUCAUCUGCAAAUGUGGUUAUCAUUUAUGAUGAUAUGGAAUUUCUUCUCCCUUUUCUCAAGCAAAUCAAUUUCACAAAUAGUGUUGGACACCAUGUGGUUUUAGAUUCACAAAUGAAAUUAGAGGAAAAGUAUGAUAUUUUCAAUGUCUGGAAUUUUCCAACUGGUCUCAGACAAAAUAUGAAAGUUGGAACAUUUUCUCCAAAAGCUCCGCAGAGUCAACAACUGUUUCUGUCUGAUCAUAUGAUACAGUGGGCCACAGGAUUUACAGAGCUUCCUCGCUCUGUGUGCAGUGAGAGCUGUGUUCCUGGAUUCAGGAAAUCCCCCCAGGAGGGCAAGGCUGUCUGCUGCUAUAAUUGCACUCCUUGUCCAGAUAAUGAGAUUUCCAAUGAGACAGGUAAGUAUAAUUGCGUGAAGUGUCCUGAUAGACACUAUGCAAACACACAACAGAACCACUGCAUCAAGAAAGCCAUGACAUUUCUGUCCUAUGAAGACCCCUUAGGAAUGGCACUCUCCUGCAUGGCCCUGGGCUGCUUUCUACUGACAGUGGGGGUUCUCAGUGUCUUUGUGAAGCACCACAACACUCCCAUUGUCAAGGCCAACAAUCAGGCUCUCACUUAUAUCCUGCUCAUCUCUCUGACAUUCUGUUUUCUCUGUCCAUUGCUCUUUAUUGGCCAUCCCAACACAGCCACCUGUAUCCUGCAGCAGAUCACAUUUGUGGUUCUAUUCACAGUGGCUCUCUCCACUGUCUUCGCAAAAACUCUUACUGUGGUUCUGGCUUUCAAGGUCACCAUUCCAGGGAGAAUGAUGAGGUGGCUGAUGAUAUCAAGGGCCCCCAACUUCAUCAUUCCCAUCUGCACCCUCCUCCAGCUUGUACUCUGUGGAGUUUGGCUGAGCACCUCUCCUCCAUUUGUUGACUCAGAUGCUCACUCUGAACAUGGGUUCAUCAUCAUUGUUUGCAACAAGGGCUCAAUUGUUGCCUUCCACUGUGUCCUGGGAUACCUCUGCCUCUUGGCUCUUGGCAGCUACACUAUGGCCUACCUCUCCAUGAACCUACCUGACACAUUCAAUGAAGCCAAGUUCUUGACAUUUAGCAUGCUGGUGUUCUUUAGUGUGUGGAUCACAUUCCUUCCUGUGUAUCAUAGCACCAAGGGGAAGGUCAUGGUGACCAUGGAAAUCUUUGCUAUCUUGGCUUCCAGUGCAGGCCUCCUGGGCUGCAUCUUUGCCCCCAAAUGCUACAUUAUUUUGUUAAGACCAGAUAAGAACUCACUGCAUUGCAUCAAGAACAAGGCACUUUCUAAGAGAAAAUUCCAACCUAUAGCGUAA